AUGUCGGAGCUCUCCGAGAAGCUGAAGGCGCUGGUUGGAGAGUCGGAGCCUCAGACAAAGGUCGAGACCAAGCUGGAAGCCGCGCCGACCCAGCUCCCUGGAUCGGUUUCGCCGACUGGAUCGUCCCAACACUCGCACUACUCGUCAGCGACCUUGUUGACCGACUCGGACAGUUCGGAAGGAGUUGAGCGAAAGCAGCUCGGCCCUUCAGGAGCUGCGACGCUGCAAACAAGAUCGCAGCGUGUGUCGAACGUGACGUCCAAGACGAACGCUCCUGCGGCAGCCAGAAGAUCGAACGAAAAUCCAGACUGA